CCUUUUUUCUCUCCUGGUGGGACCCUUCACUCAUCCUAUUUAUACCAUCUCCCAAAUCCUCCAAGAAGUGCACAUUCCAUUGUAUUGCAUUAUAUGAAUCCACUGUAAAUAUAUAAUACUACUCUUAUCUAUACCCUCUCAUUUCAUUGUUAGUUGUUCAUUACAUAUAUAUAUACAUAUCCAAGAAGUGGCUAUGGCGGCUUUUCAUGGUCGUGAGCUUGGAGUUGUUCUUUCUCUCACACUACUAAUGCAAAUUGUGACGAUGAUGAUGGUGGUUUCGAGAAGCUAUGCUCAGGGUCCUCCGUCCCCAGGAUACUACCCGAGCUCGAAAGUGGGAUCCAUAUGGUUUAGCCAGUAUUUCGCCAGCUAUUGGGGCUCCCAGCACCAGUCUCUUAGUAACCAGGGUGCUUUGACCAUAUGGCUCGAUCACACCACAGGAAGCGGGUUUAGAUCUUAUCGUUCAUAUAGAUCUGGCUAUUUUGGGGCUUCCAUUAAGCUCCAAUCCGGAUACACAGCUGGGGUCAUAACAUCCUUCUACCUAUCGAACACGGAGCAGCACCCGGGGACCCACGACGAAAUUGACAUAGAGUUCCUGGGGACGACGCCGGGAAAGCCGUACACGUUGCAAACAAAUGUGUACAUAAGAGGGAGCGGGGACGGAAACAUCAUCGGACGCGAAAUGCGGUUCCACCUCUGGUUCGACCCCACCCAGGGUUUCCACCACUAUGCCAUUCUUUGGAAUUGGGACGAGAUCAUAUUCUUCGUGGACGACGUCCCGAUCCGACGGUACCCGAGGAAGAUCGACGCGACAUUCCCGCAGAGGCCGAUGUACGUGUACGGUUCGAUUUGGGACGCGUCAUCUUGGGCCACGGAGAACGGCAAGUACCGGGCCAAUUAUAACUACCAACCAUUUGUCGCCAAGUACAUGGAUAUCAAGAUUGGUGGCUGCGAAGAGCAGGCCGCGGUUUGGUGCCGCCCGGUUGCUAGCUCGCCGGGCGGCUACACUGGGCUGAGCCGCCAGCAGUAUGCCGCCAUGGCGUGGGCCCAUAGGUACCACAAGGUGUACGAUUAUUGCCAGGAUAGUAGCAGAGACCGUUCUCGAACACCCGAGUGUUACUGAUUUUAUAUGGACGAAUUUGGAUCGAUUCGGGUUUGGUUUGGUUUUGAGAUUCCAUAGAUGUGCCACCUACCAUGCAAAGGGUUGUUGAGCUUAGCAUACAAGCCUCCCAAAAUGGUUGGGACAUGUGUGUGAUCAAUAUAUGUUUCUAUAUUUUGUUGCAAAAUGUAUUAUGUGAAUUGUGAAAUAUACACACUCAUAAAGAUUGUGAAAAAGAUGAAAAGAAUCACAAAAUGUUAAUAAUGUGUAGUGUUAAUUUGCAUACUACAUAUGUGUGCGGUGUACCAAUUAUCAUGUACGUCUCAUACUGUCAAUGGCUCGAUGGAUGAAAUGAUAUGAUCGACUCAUUGUCUAUAGCAAUUU